GCCAAGGGAAAAAAAAACAACAAAUAUACACAGAGCAACAUCAAAACACCAAGUUUUGUAACAAUGGCGGAAGCUUUAGUUUCUGAUGAUAGUUUCCUGGAUGAGUAUGAAAACAAGGCAUUACCAAUUGGGUAUAGAUUUGUUCCUCGAGAUCAUGAGUUGAUUUCCUUUUAUCUCUUCAACAAAAUCAAGGGAUUUCAGCUUCCUUUUGAUGUUAUCAAAAACAUUGAUUUUUAUUACUUGGAUCCGUUUCAUUUUUCACCUUGUGAAUUUAAGCAUGGUAGGAAGAAUAAUGAAGCUUAUUACUUCACCAAAACGAAGGAAAUAAGGUCGAAAAUGGAUCGAAUAGAACGACAUACGAGAAAUGGUUACUGGAAAUCUUGUGGAAAGGCGGAGGAGAUCAAACAUAGGGAUAGAAUAAUUGGGUUGAAGAGAUUGUUUGUGUUUCAUUGGAGAAUCCCAGAAUUAGGGUUUGGGAAAUGGGUGAUGCAUGAAUUCAGCAUUCACCCUACCUUUCUGGUACCUCAUCCACUACUUGAUGAAAAAAUCAAGGCCAAGGUAUAUUUAUAUAUUUAAUUUGCAAUAAAUAUAUAAUAUGUAAUAAUAAUUUGUAAUACAUAAAAAUAGAAAUACUCAUGGGUCGGGCCACGUGAAUCAGUCCGAAGGUCUGCCCGAAAAGUGAGAGGUUUUGAGUAAAAAUAUAGGCCUGAAAAAUCGGAUUGCCUAAAAAAUAAGGCUUGUUUAGAAAACGGACCAGGUCUCAGGUAAGGCUUUUUUGCCCGAGCCUAGCCCGACCCAAAAAUGAAAAAAAAAAACUGUUUUUUUA